AUGACAGAAUGGUGGAGGAAGUUUUUUGCUGUCGCAGAAAUGGUAACAAAUGUGGCAUAUGACAUAGCCCAUUUUUCAUUAGCACUUCUUGCUUAUUCCUUUAGCAAAAUUCUUCCUGCUAAAAAGGUUUCCAGUUUGACUGGGCUUGAUCCGGUUAGCCAAUUGUCGAAAAACGUUUGCCGAAUUUUGGGUCAAAAUCCAGGACCAUUUACACUUCAAGGAACAAAUACGUAUUUGAUCGGAGCCACCGAAGAGAAAAUUUUAAUCGAUUGUGGUGACAGUGGAGUGAAGCGGUACAUUGAUUAUUUAAAGGAAGCACUAGGUAAUAAUACAAUAAAAUUAAUUAUUUGCACACAUUGGCAUAAUGAUCACGUUGGCGGUAUACCGGACAUUUUCAAACAUGUGACGAAUGGACCAGUACCAGUUCAUAAACUUGAAAGAACGGAUUCGGGAGAGAUGAGUAACAUAAAAUUUGAUUACGUAUCACCACAAAGUGUCAUUAAGGUUCCUGGAGUUACUCUUAGAUGUAUUGCAACACCCGGGCAUACAUCCGAUCAUGUUUCUCUUUACUUUGAAGAAGAAGGUAGUCUCUUCAGUGGCGACUGCAUUCUUGGUGAAAGUAGUUCUGUAUUUGAAGAUUUGUAUGAUUAUAUGCAUUCGUUGGAAACACUAUCGAAACUUAGUAUUACUAGGAUAUAUCCAGGGCAUGGGGCAGUUAUCGAGAAUGGUUUGGAGAAAAUUCAUGAAUAUAUAACACAUCGAAAGAAGCGAGAAGACGAAAUAUUGAAAAUAUUGGAAAAUAAGGCAUCAGCAUCUAGCAUGCAAAUUACCAAUUUAAUUUAUAAAGAUAUAUCGUGGUCAGUAAUGUUGGGAGCCGUAAACAAUGUGAAUAAGCAUUUAAUGAAGCUUGUGAAAGAAAACAGAGUUGAACAAGUCGGUUUUGAUAGCUACCGCCUAAACAAUUCUCAGCUCAGAACCCUAACAUAG